CUCGUAUACCCUCGCUGCUGCCAACUGAGUUACUCCUCGCGUACUUGGCGCAUUCGACCGGUGAAGUCGCGACGCGAAAGUAGCGGCGGAUAUACGCGCGCGCAUCGGCGGCCCACCGCAGUCACAGUGCGCGGCUUCGUCGUCGUCGUCGCCCGAGAGCAUCGACGAUUUCCUCGAGUCUUCGCCUAAAGUGAUGCUGUGCUCCGGGCAAGCGUGACGCGAUCGCCGCCUCUUCGAUCCGGUGGUCCUGCUCUGUCAGCGAAAGCACUGCACUUCUGCGCGUCGUCGGAUGGAUUCUCUCGUUGAGCAUCGCCUUGCGCAAGAAGUGGACCAGAUUGCCGGUCGAAUUUCACGGGCACGGCGGCGGGGGCGCUGAGUGUGUCGUGCGCGGGCCGACGGCGUUCCGCAAGCUUUCGCGGUUGUGGGCAUUGCACUCUUGGCUCGGUCGGCAGUGCGCGUCUCCGAAGCAGCCGGCCGAGGAAUAUAGCCGCGCGCGCGCGCUGUGUGUUGGGUCAUCGCUCUCCGGCGUAACGCCGCGGUGAAUCGCUUUGAACUGCUCUCUCGCAGUCCUCGGAUUGCCGUCCCUUCUCGCAAGCCAUCGUCUGGAAUGAAACGGGGCCCUCGUCGUCCGACACUCGAGAGGUCCGCGUCGACGACAGCCACGUCGCGCUCAAUAAGUGCCGGCGUGUUUCGUCCGUGGCCCUUCUUCGACGUGGUGGAGCCGUCGGCAGCGUCUGCAAAAAGCGUUCACGCUUCUUUCGACGGUCUCCGCGGUACGCGCGCCCCUCUCUCCAAUCGAAGAUUGCCUUAUCCGAUGCCACGGUCUUCUUUCGCCGUCGGACCGUGAGCGGCGCGGCGUCGUCAAAGCUGUGCGCCUCCCCGGCGUAGAUUAUCGUCUCCACCUCGCGACCUGUGGCUGCACCGUCGCGCUUUCCCCGCGAACCACGUUCGCUCGUGCGCCGACAAACAGCGGCGGCAGCAGCUGGUGACAGCGUCCUCGGCAGCAACGCGGCGAAAAAAACACGCCCUCUCCGCUGCAGCGCCUUCCCGGUGAAACGUGUCGUCGGGCCGUCCGAGCUUUCCGCGAGGCCGCAUCGUCGUCGUCGCUCUGUCGUGGCGCGGGUCGUCGUGCGCGGGCCUGUGUCGUUGUGCCGCGUGUGACCACAGACUCCUCCUGUGGGCCAUUUCUUUCUUUCUGCCUGCGGCUGGAAUGUGAGCGUGGUGCGCUUUUUUUUUUUCCCGCUGGCCUUGGUGCGUGUGCUGCUGCCCUAUUGCGCGUGCGUCAGAGACCGCGAUUUGACGCCCGCGUACGCGUCGAUUGUCGCCCGCUGUGAAACCGGCAGCGGUCACCGGCAGCGAGAAACGGCCACGCCGAGUGCUUUUCCGUUGGAAGAAUAUGGGCGCUGUUACAUCGGUUCGAUGAGCGCGCAGUGGUGGUCGGCGAGAAACGACUGUUCGUCGGAUGAGAGUGUCCUGUGACUUGGCUUCGAAAAAGUCAGGAAGAGCCACAUCGUGCGAUGACCCCCGCUUCUGAACCCUUCCGGACAGGUUUGUGUCUGUGACACGUCCCUCGUGGGGACAUCGGCGCGAGCCCCAGGCUCAGUGUCACCGUCGCGAGGAUCCGCGGCCACGCUUGAGCGCGCCCGGUGUUUGUGUGCAUGCCGCGCUCGCUGUAGCGCGACGGCGACGUGGUGCUUUCGCGGUUCGGAUACAAACGGCGAUGGAGAAGUUCUUCCUGCGGGCCCUGGGCCGCUCCUACACGUACUGCUGCGCCGAGGCGACUCCGCCGCUUCCGGUUCCGCUGCCACAGCGGCAGCCACCUCCUCCUCCUACUUCCGGGCGGACGUCCGCCGGUGGCCGACGGUCGGCUGACGUCGGCGGACCCGCGGUUCUGCGCAGCAAGGCCUCCUCCAGGCACCAGCACGCGAGGUCGUCGCCGCGAAAACGACAUUCAUUCGUCAACAGCCAGGAAUGGACGCUGAGCCGAUCUGUGCCCGACAUACGCCUGGGCAUCGUGGGCAGCCUGACGAGCGGCAAGUCUGCCCUGGUGCACCGCUACCUCACCGGUUCCUACAUGCAGGACGAGUCCCCAGAAGGUGGUCGCUUCAAGAAGGAGAUCGUGGUGGACGGCCACAGCUACCUGCUGCUCAUCCGGGACGAAGGUGGACCCCCGGAACUGCAGUUCAGCUGCUGGGUGGACGCUGUGAUCUUCGUGUUCAGCCUGGAGAAUGAGGCCUCGUUCAGCGCCGUCUACAGCUACUACAUGCGGAUGGCGCACUUCCGGAACAACGCCGGCGACCUGCCCCUCAUACUCGUCGGCACGCAGGACGCCAUCAGCGAGAGCAACCCGCGCGUCAUAGACGACUCGCGUGCCCGGAAGUUGGCCAGCGACCUCAAGCGGUGCACCUACUACGAGACGUGUGCCACCUACGGGUUCAACGUCGAGAGGGUGUUCCAGGACGCGUGCCAGAGGAUUGUCCAGAUGCGCAUGGCUUCGGCAUUGACCCCCAACAACUCCCGGCCGAGCACGCCCGUUGGUGUCGGCGCAGGGAGAGCCGCUGCCCACUUUGGUGUUGCCAGCAAUGGUUAUGCCCGGGAGCAGCAGCAGCAAAGUGCGGCUCCUACCGCCAAUGCCACGGCAACACUGGUCAACAGCUACAAUGCCCUCCAUGGCGGUGCCGUCAACACGCCAGCUACAAACCUCAACCAGACCUCGCUUAAGGAGAGCCACCUACGCCAGAUCCGUGACUGCAUCGUUGCGGGCACCUCGGUGCAGAGGGAGAUCCAGAAGUUUGAGAAGAGUGGCACCCCGGCCACGACCCUGUCACAGGCCGCGGAAGCCAUGCCGCCCCCGUCGGUGCCCAGCGGAAACAACCGGGACCGACCAGAGUUUGUGACGCCCUGCUCGACACCGACGACGGCACGCAAAACUCGCCGAAGAUCGAACUUGUUUACGCCCUUGAAGAAAGCAGACGAUGAGAAGAGGCUUCGGAAUGGGGAGAUGGGAAGCGGCAGAGUGAUUCCUGUGCGGCAGGGUUACCUGUACAAGAAGAGUCUCAAGGCCCUCAACAAGGAGUGGAAGAAGAAAUAUGUCACCCUGACGAGCGACGGGAGGCUCACCUACCACCCUAGUCUCCAUGACUACAUGGACGAUGUGCACGGGAAGGAGAUUCCUCUGAUGCACACCACAGUCAAGAUUCCCGGCCAGAAGCCCAGGGGUUCAAGGGCAGCUGGUUCCACACCUCAGGUCAACGACUUAGCAUCAGAUGUGGGCACCCUGUCCCUGGCUGGAGGCAUCCCUUACUUCAAGUAUAAGGAGCCCCGCGAGCGAGACUGCCUGGCCAGCUUUGAUCCAGCUGCUGAUGCGCAGCACAGCAAUGCUUUCUUCUCAGGGAUGCUCAACGGUAGUGAGACACAGCUCAUCCCUGCUGUGCCCAACACCAACCCAAUGCUGUCAAAGCUGGAGACGCCCAAUGUGAAGAAGAGGCACCGACGUAUGAAAAGCACCGGAGCCAAGAAUUUCGAGGCCAUGGAAGACUCUGAUGGGUACGAGUUCAUCAUCGUGUCUCUCGACAACAAGCAGUGGCAGUUCGAGGCAUCUAAUGGCGAUGAUCGAGAAGGAUGGGUCAGUGCCAUUGAGCAGCAGAUUCUCAGCAGUCUUCAGGGAAAUGAAAGCAGUAAAGCAAAGGGUCGCAUGAACAGCAUAGCAGACUCUGCAACGUCUAUCCAGGCCAUUCGGACAAAUGUCCCUGGCAAUUCUCACUGUGCCGACUGUGAUACACCGCAGCCAGACUGGGCCAGCCUCAACCUCGGUACACUCAUCUGCAUCGAGUGCUCGGGCAUCCAUCGCAACCUCGGCUCCCAUAUCUCCAGGGUCCGGUCCCUGGACUUGGACGACUGGCCGCCUGAGCAUGUGGCUGUGAUGAUGGCACUGGGCAACAUGGCGUCCAACUGCAUCUGGGAAGGCAACACCGCUCGCAGUGGCUAUGCCAAGCCCGGACCCCACUCGAGUCGAGACGAGAAAGAGCGCUGGAUUCGGGCCAAGUACGAGCAGCGAGAGUUCCUGGCACCCCUGCCUUCUUCGAGCGGGCCCACCGCGCAACAGCUUCGCGAUGCCGUGUGCCGUGGUGACGUCAGACAAGUGGCGCUGCUGUUGGCACACGCAGCACCCCACCAGCACGAACUGGUCAAUGCACCGACGAGCACCCGAGACUCGCGGACCCCGCUUCACAUGGCUGCUGCAUUGGGAAAGCUGGCCAUGGUGCAGCUCCUACUAUGGAACAAUGCCAAUGCCAAAGCCGUGGACUCAGAAGGCCGGACUCCGCUGGUGUAUGCAAAGAACUCCAACUUUACGGAAAUCUACGAGCUGCUCCUGCACAGUGGCGGACCUGACCCUAACCAGCUGUCGACGACGCUGUCUCGACGGAGGGGUAGCCUGUCCAAGCGGUCGGAUGUCUUCGACAAGCUCCCGGCCAGCAUCAUCUAGAAGCCCAAAGACAGUUCCUGGUUCACCACCCAUCAUCUUGUGCCACCACUGUGCGCUGUUUUCAUUGUUGCAUCACCCACUGCCCCCCCCCCCCCCCCCCCCCGAUCAUUUUUUACAUCCUUCACUGUUUUCUGUUAUGCGAUGAUUUUUAUUUGCCGAUGGAUUGCGAAAUGACUUAAUAUAUUACACCUGCCUGUCUGUCUGCUUACUGCCCCUCUGUGCUGUUGUGUAGACAUUUGUCCUGUGUUUGUUUGAUCACAUCUCGAUGUCUGUUUUUAUGCCCUGACAAAGUAUGAGUUCUUUUAUUUUAUUAGUCUAUUUGCAGCUGCGAAUGGGCUCUCGACAGAACUUCCUACAAAGCAAGCAAGAUUUUAUUCGGUGUUGUUAACUGAGAAAAAAAAAAAUUAAAAUGUGCCCUUUUCUGUCUGUUAGAAAGUUGGCCAUAAAUGACAUGUAAUUAGACCUGUUUAUGAUGAUGCUUUUCUGGAAAUUUAAAGGAGGGGCACUCGAUGCUCUUUCUGAUUCCUGUUACAUAUUGAAGAAGUUUAUGGGACAAAAAAUACAUGCAGUCCUAAACUCUGCACAACUUCAUCUUUUUUCAUAGUGCUCAGGCUCUCAUAGUUCUUUGCUGUGAAUUCAAACAGUUCCUGCCCAAAUAGCUAGUCCCGACUUUAAAUUAAAUGUGUGUAGUUACUACUACUAGCACUUUAGCGCCGCAGAAGCUCAAUCAUUAAACAGUGCGUUGGGUACCUUGCAGAGUGCUUGCAUUCUCAUGGGUGUACACAAGCAGAAAGGCUGUUCUGCAGUGGCAGUUUGCCGCUUGUCAAGGUUUCUCACUACCUACUGCAGGUGUGUGUGCAUUUGUGAGAAUGCAGAUUGACCACGUGCUCCAAAGUGGGGCUAGCUGUAACGAUGCAUCUCUCAGCCAAGCGGUGCGGCGGAAAGGUGUGUGCAGAGCCAAAGCCCCGUGUGUGCAUGUGUGAACGUGUGCUAGAAUUUGUUAGGAUCUCACCGAAGCUGUGCUUCUGUGGCUGUUUGGACAUGCGAAUGAAUGAAAGCGUUUGUACUGCAGUGCUGAAGUUCUAGCUAGGAAAUUGUUGCUCGUCGAGACCGGCACGGAAUUCUCUUGACCACUACAUGCGCUACUGGCCGGCGGGGUCAGUCUCGAGUGUGAAGGAAAACACCGCUCACCGUCCAUGCGCUCAGUUUCUUCAUUGUAGUCUUUGUGGCAACCCUCAGUGAUGGUUAAUCAGCAGGACUGACAAAGAGCGCAGGACUAUGCAGGAAGGGUGCCGUACUGCGACAGAUAAGUCAAAAAGGACUGGGCCACACUGGACAGCACCUGUGUCGACUGUCGCCUGUCCCACUGAGAGACAGGGCAGCAUUCGUCCUGCCUUGUGUUGUCAUACGCUUUGAUAGUCAUCUGACAUGCACUCGUCUUCAGCAGCCCUAUGCCUUUCACAUGUUGUUUGUCACGCUGGUUAACCACAAGUUGUGGAAUCCGACUCUCCCAACUUUCAUUUCUACUGUAUCGUGGCAUGCGUCCUUUAAUCUUUGACUGGCUCACUCUCUUGUUGUCUUCAAGUAUGCAGACUAGCCUACAAAGAAUGUGCUUGCUUAAUUUGGAAAAGUCUAUUGCAGGCCUGGUUUAUUGCAGCGUAUAGAUUUAGUACUUGUAAAAUAUUUAUGCGUCACGACUACUUGCUUCGUUGUAAUGUGUUAUUUUAUGAAAGAACAUUGUCAAAAUGAUUUUACAACUUCAGCAUGCAAUCUUUGUGGGUGGCAGCAGUCUUUUCAAGUAUCAUCAUGAAAACAGUCUAUUCUUUGAUGAAUUCUUUUGCAAAAGGCACUGAAAGAUUACUUCAUGGCUGUUUAAAACAAGUAAUAGUACAGAAAUAUAAUUUUUGAAGAAAAUAUCGGUCUUAAUUUACACAAAAUUCAGGAAUAAUUUCUGUCUCUUUGCUUUUGUAUUAUUGCACGCCAUCUGCUGUGGCUACGUACUGUAGUGGCCCUCGGUGUACAUAUGUUUCUAUUAUUUAAGUAUGUUGAUUAACAGCAGCACUUGUUCAUAGCUUGGAGGCCUGCCAAUGGUGUGUGUCCUCUGAUUGCACUGAUUCUCCUGUGUGCAUGUGUUUGUUGUUGCUAUUUUCUGGCAGGUUGUGGAAAUGUACAUAUUGCAGAUAUCUAAGUUAAUUUUUCACAGAUGCAUCAUGUGCCCUACUGUGAAAUGAGUUUUUUUUCUUUAAGUUUUUUUUUUGCUUCUUAAGCCAGCGCAGUCAAGAAUUGCUUUGUACAGCAAACACAGGGAAUCUUAUGAAAGAACAUUGUUUAUAAUGUCUAUGUGUAGUUUAAUUUCUGACAUGCAAAUAUUUAUUUUUUAUGCUGAGUCAUGCAGCUGGGUUAUUCUGUGAACAUUCCGUUUGCAAGUGCGUUACUAUAAAAACAUUUAAGCAGCGUCACUUCACUGACGAAAUGUGUACGUUUAUAAAAUUUUUUUUGUUCUAAAAUUGUCUAGUUAGCCACAAUUAGCCAAGUUGUGUGGGAGUAACGCACAGAUUCAACUGGAUUUUAUAUGGGUUUUGAUUCAGUGACACAACUUCAGGCUGCAUUUUGUGUGUGGUUCCUACCUAGUGUUGCUUGCAUUGUGAAAGUUGCUGAUACCGUACUCUCUUGUGGCGGGACUAUAUAUAUACACAUAUAUAUGUCCAGCAACACUGUAGACAAGUGGUUGCGUGUUUAGAUUCCCACAAUGUGCUGUUGGCAUUGGGCUGUUCUCUUUGCUUAUAAGGCAUGGCCGCUGUCGUGGCUGGAAGAAGUAUAUGUAUGUAGCAUUUUGUAAAUUUGUAAAGAAAUAGUAAACAGGUUGUUUGUAAUGUCAGUUUUCUUUUCAAGCAGAAAACAAGAAUAAAGUUAUACAGUGUGUACAAACCA